GAGAAAAACUGAAAAUCAAUUACGAGAGAGCUGGCUAGCUACAUCAGGCAACUGCCCUGUCUGCAGUGGAGAAGGUGAACGAAAUUAUCAGGUAGUCACCUCGGAGCUGCUAAGAAAUAAGUGUGUAGUACAGUCACCUCUCCUCACCAUGGCAGACAUCGAGUACGAGGAGCUGGCCGCCAACCUGGAAUCCUUUGUGGUGCUGGACGUUCGGGGUAGAGAUGAGGUGAAGAAAGCAGGCCAGAUCCCGGGGUCCCACUGCCUGCCCAUCGGGGAACUGGAAGACGCCUUUGAGCUGGACGACGACACCUUCCAAGCAAAGUAUGGAUUCGCUAAGCCCUCCGCCGAGCAAACUUUGGUGACUCAUUGCCAAAUGGGAGGGCGGGCUAGGAGGGCUGGGGAUGCUCUGGCUAAGAAAGGAUUGCAGGCCAGAGUGUACGUGGGAUCGUUUGGGGACUGGACAGCUAAAGGGGGCAAGGUUGAUUCCGGCAAACCUUUCCAGCCUACCAACUAGAGCACAUCACGCUCCGUUUACCCAUCACCACUUUCUCACAUUUAUCUGUAUUGAUUCACUGAUUGUUUGAAUUUAAUGCAUAUUAAUGAUUUAA